UGUCACAUGGCGCCGCCCCACCGCAAAUUUGUCAUCUUCCUGCUUCGGCCAGGCGCGUUUGACUCGCAUCUUGUUAAAUUGAGUGCGAGCUAGACGUGUGUGCGUCAGAGCAUCUCGGUUGGGCGGCGGUCAGAGUGCGCAGACUCUAUGCAUCCUUACACAUCCAGCAGCAUCACCACUUGAAGGAGCGAGACAAGACACCAGACGACGCCCUGGUCGGACAGGACUGGACCGGACCAGAGCAACCUCGUCUUCUUUGUGCUGACGAAUGUGAAGGACGACGAGGGCUGCGCCUGCUUCCUCUUCCCGAUUCCUUCCCUCCGUCCGUCCUCUUCUUAAUCGUUUGGACACUUCUCUGUCACAAAAUGGCGGACAUGACGGAGCUUCGACCAUCCUACGCCAUGUCUCCCAUCCUGGCGGGCUUCUUGGGCGCGGGCGUUCUGGUGGUGGCAGUGAUCGCGGCACUUCUGCUGUGGUCCUUCUGCCAACGCCGCUACCUGCGCGUGUCCGGACGCUACAAGCUGCACAGUGACCGCUACUGCGACGCUGAGGACCCGCCUUACAAGUUCAUCCACAUGCUGAAGGGGAUCAGUAUUUACCCUGAAUCUCUCAGCAGCAGCAAGAGGAUCGUACGCAGCGCCCGGCGGGCCGACAGUCCGGCGGGGGCCAGGGGCAUGGUGCUCGUAGAUGCUGAGAACAACAUCCUAGACGUCCCGGGUCACCUUCAGAUGAGUCACCUAGUGGCGCCCACUGGGACGGGCCCGCGGGGCGGCCCCGCCUGCCUGGAGCGGGGGCUGCCCGUGCGCGCUGACUAUUGCUGUCUGGACAGCAGCUCGGCCAGCAGCAGUCAGAGCAGCAGCAAGACGGCAUCGCCCUUCACCCCCGCCUCCUCAGAAGCGGAAGUCAACGCUGGCUUGGGCGCCGUCAGUCUCACCGUGGACUACAACUUCCCCAAGAAGGCCCUGGUGGUUACGGUGGUUGGGGCCCGGGGCCUGCCCGCCAUGGACGAGGAGGCCGGCACCUCGGACCCCUACGUCAAGAUGACCGUGCUGCCCGAGAAGAAGCACCGCGUCAAGACCCGCGUGCUGAGAAAGACCCUUGACCCGCUUUUUGAUGAGACCUUCACCUUCUACGGCGUGGCCUACAGCUCGCUGCCCGAGCUCACGCUGCACUUCUUGGUGCUCAGCUUCGACCGCUUUGCUCGCGACGACGUCAUCGGCGAGGCCCUAGUGCCGCUCAAGGGCGUGGAUCCCAGCACGGGCCGGGUCCACUUGAGCCAGCGGAUCACCAAGAGAAACACGCAGUGCGAGAACCGCGGCGAGCUGCUGGCGUCGUUGUCCUAUCAACCGGUGUCUCAUCGCCUCAGCGUGGUGGUGCUCAAGGCCCGACACCUCCCCAAGAUGGACGUCGCCGGCCUGUCUGCCAACCCAUACGUGAAGGUCAACGUGUUCUACGGCCGUAAGCGCAUUGCUAAGAAGAAGACCCACGUGAAGAAGUGCACGCUCAACCCCGUAUUCAACGAGUCCUUCAUCUACGACAUCCCGCCCGAGCUACUGCCCGAGAUCUCCGUGGAGUUUCUGGUUGUGGACUUCGACCGCACCGCCAAGAAUGAAGUCCUGGGACGCCUGCUGCUGGGCCUGCACGGCGUUCCGCCCUCCGGCGCCGCCCACUGGCGGGAGGUCUGCGAGAACCCCCGCCGGCAGAUCUCCAAGUGGCACGCCCUCAAGAGCCGCUGCGCAAAGACGUCACGCUUGAAAUCUGGAAUGAACUUGUGGAGCAGAUUGAAAUUUUCCACUCACGCCACUGAGUGCCAGUGCGCCGAAUUGUACGUACCGGGGGAGAGAAAGAGAUCUUAAGCUGGAUACGGACAAUACGGGAUGAGGCACAAAGGACUUCCCGCGGUGCGGCGGCUCUCAUGUGCAGGUACCAAUGUGUAAAUAAACUGUGUGUGCUUGUUUGUAGCAUGAAAGACUUACUCUUAGCUUUCAUUCGUCGUUUACGUCGCAGCUAACGAGUCGUCCCCGAGCCAGGUCACACUAACAUCAUGGCCACGCUAACCUGUCAAGGAGCUCAAGGUCAACUGGGGCGCCACCUGUAAGCCUGGCAAUGUGACAUGACUCCAAAAGCUCCAAAGACGUUCUCGGAUGAUGAUAUCGUAAUCUUCCAUGCGAUGUUUAUUUCGUUCUGUGCUAAUGAGCAGCUCAAAAUAUUUUUUUCUACAGUUGACUACAAUGCCCACUCCAAAUCCCAACAUUGUUAGUCAAUGCUAUUCGUUGAAUAGCGACAGCCCGCAGGUCAACCAUAUGUAAAUCUGUCGAGAUUGAGUCUCAACACGAGCCUUCUUCUCAUUUACACCAUAAAUACACCAUGAAUAAUGUACCAGCCAGUGGCGUUGUUACCCCACUGAAAAUCACGCCACCGGAGUUUGUCUGGCACGCCUGCAAACUCCAAACAUGACGUCAUCGGUCGUGGGCCGUCAUGACGGGUUCCUCCCAAUCCGCGGCAGUCGUGAAUAUGGAGACUUGACAUGUAGAUUUUGAAUCAAUGUUCUAACUGUCCUAUAUCCUGAAAGCUUUCUCCGACCUUGGAGCCCCUUCUGCUGUACACCUUAAUGAUGCUAACCCCCCAUUGACGUGAAAAUAAAACAAAAUAGCCUGACGCCUCCUUUA